AACACUAAAAUGGUGUAGGUGGCUUUAGUCUCAGGAGAUCUUCUUGGCAAAUGGCUGGAGCUGUGAAUAUGCUGGACUUGUCGAUGGUGUCUUUGCAGGACAAGCACCAGAUAGCUACUGGCUAUGAUCAUAAAUCCCACACAAAGGAAAUCAGGAAUAGAGAACAAAAUUAUAAAUACAGAGACUUUGAAUGAUGCUGGAGCAAACUGUGAACAGAAUCCAAUAUUCCAUAGCCUCGUGUUGUUACUUCUUUCUGUAACCUUCUGAAUAUUUGCAAAUAUAUAGAUAUUUAUUAGAAAGUGUAGGAUCCAGCAAAAAAAGCAAAAGGGAGCAAUGUAAUUUGAGGCUUGAGCUUUGAGUUUUGACCAAAUGGAAAAAGUAAAGGGACUGAUGGUGAUAAUCUGAAACCCAUUCAGAAAGCAAGUGAUAGUGAGAGAAACAUUACGGGCCACUCGGUGGAGGAAAAACAGCCAACAUGAUCCAGGAAAAUUUUCAUCCCCAAACCAAUCAUUGUCUGAGGGACUCCCUUGGAAAUGAGCCUGAUGGAGUUGGCCAGAGACAAGUGGAAGAAAAUGGAGUCUAUGGACUGCAGCCUGUUGUCAUUAUAGAAAGUGAUGGUAUAACGACAAAGGAGAAAGACGUUUCCCAGCAUUCCAGCUCCUGUCUGUAUGAAGAAGACAAUACCUAGAACUAAAUCAAGGAAAACAAGUUUCUCACUGACUAAAGUAGAAAUGUUUUAAGAGACAGAUGCAAGAAAUAUAAAAAGGGAGGAAGGAAAGAAGGAACAAAAAGGAGAGAAAAAGGAGGGAGGGAAGAGAGAGUAAAGGAUGGAGAUAUUGCGGGAUUAAAGAGGGAGGGAAGGAAGGAAGGAAAGAAAGUAGAGAAGCAGAUAAGGAGGAAGGCAAGAAGAGAAAUGGGGAAGGAUGAAGGGAAAAGAAGGAAGGAAAGGAAGGAAAAGAGGAAGGAAAGUUGGAGGGAGAUAAGGAAAGAAAGCAGGAAGGAGGGAGGGAAGAAAGAAAUGUUCUCAGAGAAAGAUGCAAGAAACAAAAAAGGAAAGAGGGAAGAAAGAAAGGAAGAAAGAAUGAGGAAAGAAAGAAACAGGGAAGAAGGAAGAAAGAGAGGAAGGAAAGAAGCAGUUUUCCAACAUUAUCCUAGAAGACAAUUUUGAGAAAUUAAAACAAAUCAUGAUCAACUUGAUUAUAUUUCUUGAAUUUUUUUUUGUAGUGAGCAGAGCGCAAAUACUUAAAUACUUAAAAAGUCAUCUAGGCAUAGCACCACUAUUUACUCAGGCAAAGAAAAAAUGAGGAAAAGAUAGAAACAGAUGGGGAAAGAGAAAGGGAAUAAAGGAAAAGAGAGAAAUCUGGAUGUAUGGUUACUUAUAGAAGGAAAAUUGCGAAUAAAAAAACACAUUAAGAUAUUUUAGAUUAUGAAACAUCGAAAAAACACAGAAUUACAAUUUGAAAAUUUACAUUUAAGAGAUGAUACUUAAGUGAAAAUACAGUCAUGAUACUUUUUAACAUCAUAAAUUUCUACAGAAGAGGUUGCCAUAGUAACCGCCCGAGCCAAACCACCUUCUUCCCGGCUCGAUGGAGGGUCGCUAAAAACCAAGGUUCCGGAUCGCGUUAUUUUAGGGGCCAACCGAGGUCACUGACGAGAUCACCAGCCAUGUCUUUCCGUGACCUAAGGAAUUUUACAGAAAUGAUGAGGGCUCUCGGAUAUCCCCGACACAUCUCUAUGGAGAAUUUUUGCACACCAAACUUUGGGCUUGUAUCUGAAGUGCUUCUCUGGCUUGUAAAGAGGUAUGAGCCUCAGACUGACAUUUCUUCUGAUGUUGAGACAGAGCAGGAUCGAGUUUUCUUCAUUAAGGCAAUUGCACAAUUCAUGGCCACCAAAGCCCAUAUAAAACUUAACACUAAGAAACUGUAUCAAGCAGAUGGCUAUGCAGUAAAAGAACUAUUGAAAAUCACAUCAGUCCUUUAUAAUGCCAUGAAAACUAAAGGAAUGGAAGGUUCUGAAAUAGGAGAAGAAGAUAUCAGCAAAUUCAAAUUUGAUCUUGGCUCAAAGAUUGCAGAUUUGAAAGCAGCUAGGCAGCUUGCUUCUGAAAUUACAUCAAAAGGAGCAUCUCUCUAUGAUUUACUUGGCAAAGAAGUGGAGCUGCGGGAGUUGAGAACAGAAGCAAUUGCCAGACCACUGGAGAUAAAUGAGACUGAAAAAGUGAUGAGGAUUGCAGUUAAAGAUAUUUUGGCACAAGUUCAGAAAACUAAAGAUUUGCUCAACAAUGUGGCCUCGGAUGAAGCAAACUUAGAAGCCAAAAUUGAAAAAAGAAAAUUAGAACUUGAAAGAAACCGAAAGCGCCUACAAACUCUGCAGAGUGUCAGACCAGCCUUUAUGGAUGAAUAUGAGAAGAUUGAGGAGGAAUUGCAGAAGCAAUAUGACAUAUAUCUUGAAAAAUUUCGAAAUCUGGCCUACCUAGAACAACAACUUGAGGAUCAUCAUAGAAUGGAGCAGGAAAGAUUUGAGGAAGCUGAAAAUACUUUACGUCUAAUGCAGAAUAAACUUAAGGAAGAAGAAAAGCGACUUCUUAAGAGUGGAAGUAAUGAUGAUUCAGACAUAGACAUCCAAGAAGAUGAUGAAUCUGACAGUGAAAUGGAAGAGAGACGAUUAUCAAAGCCACGAACAGCCAUGGAAGUUUUGAUGCAAGGAAGACCCAACAAACGCAUCGUGGGUACAAUGCAAGGUGGAGAAACUGAUGAUGAUGAAGAUUCAGAGGACAGCGAAAUUGAUAUGGAAGAUGAUGAAGAUGAUGAUGAUGAUCUGGAAGAUGAAAGCAUAGCUUUCUCCCCAACUAAGCCAAAUCGUAGGGCCCGGAAACCUGAGCCGCUGGAUGAGAGUGACAAUGAUUUCUAGCUUACUCCUCCUGGCCCCUAUGUAAAUUAAACACAACAUAGGUAAAUCUGUGGUGAGAUGUUUGGGAAAGUAAUAUCCAUUAUUUUAACUAAAUUAGCUGAUCAUUAUUGAAGGUGUUCAAGCUGUAUCCUCCUUUGCUUUAGAGUUCAUGAGGUUUAAACAGGAACCAAAAUACCACCAAGGUUUUUGGAAUAUAUUUUUGGAAAACAGGAUUUCUUAUUUCAUAUCAUAAAGGAGGUACAUAAAGGUCCACCAAACCACAAAGAGAAAAGAAACAUUACUAAUACCACUGUGCUACAAGUCAGAUCUUAGGAAUCAUCCCAAGAAUAGCUAUCCUCCGUGUAUGCUGCUUUCACAUGGUUUUUAGAACACUCUGGCAACAUACCAAUUUUUAGGGUUGGUCUUUUAAAUUUUAAAAUUCUCUGUGUGUUCUCUGUAUCAAGUUUUGAAUUUUCUUAAAUAAACAUUUUUCUAACAUUUCAAAAAAAAUAAA